CGUGUGUGCGUGCCGUGAGCUCGCCGGGCACCGCGGCCUCGCCCUCCGCCCCUGAGCCCCGCCACCCAGGCCGCCGCCCCCCGCCCGCGCCGCCGCCCCGACGGGGAGGACCAUGGCGAAGGUGGAGCAGGUCCUGAGCCUCGAGCCGCAGCACGAACUCAAGUUCCGAGGUCCCUUCACUGACGUCGUCACCACCAACCUAAAGCUUGGCAACCCAACAGACCGAAAUGUAUGUUUUAAAGUGAAGACCACAGCACCACGCAGGUACUGCGUGCGACCCAACAGUGGGGUCAUUGACGCCGGGGCCUCUCUCAAUGUGUCUGUGAUGUUACAGCCUUUCGAUUAUGAUCCCAAUGAGAAAAGUAAACACAAGUUUAUGGUUCAGUCUAUGUUUGCUCCGCCUGACACUUCUGAUAUGGAGGCAGUAUGGAAGGAGGCAAAACCGGAAGAUCUUAUGGAUUCAAAACUUAGAUGUGUGUUUGAAUUGCCAGCAGAAAACGCUAAACCACAUGAUGUAGAAAUAAAUAAAAUUAUACCCACAAGUGCAUCCAAGACAGAAGCACCAGCGGCCACUAAGUCCCUGACGUCGUCCCUUGAUGACACCGAAGUGAAGAAAGUGAUGGAGGAAUGCAAGCGGUUGCAGGGAGAGGUGCAGAGGCUUCGGGAAGAGAGCAGGCAGCUCAAGGAAGAAGACGGGCUUCGGGUGAGGAAGGCACUGCAGAGCAACAGCCCCAUGGCAGCUCUGGCUGCCACUGGGAAGGAGGAAGGUCUCAGCGCCCGGCUGCUGGCUCUGGUGGUUUUGUUCUUUAUCGUUGGUGUCAUUAUAGGGAAGAUUGCCUUGUAGAGGCCGCAUGCGAAGGAUGGCAGAUUGGAUUGAUGGAUCUACCACAUCAUGGGAUUUAAAUUUAUCAUAACCAUGCGUAAAAAGAAAUUAAUGUAUGAUGACAUCUCACAGGUCUUGCCUUUAAAUACCCCUCCCCAUGCACACAAAUGCACACACAAAUAUAGCAUAAUAUAAUGAUCUUUUAGAAAGUUAAAAACGUAUAGCAAAUGGGUGGGGAAAGGAUGGUCAAUUACUGAAGGAUGCCGUGAUUAAUCACAGUGGCAUAUUGUAGCUGUCACGUUAAACUCGGGUAGGCCUGGGCACAUGUUGCUAGAUCACGUCUCUUAAAGCAAGAAGCUCUUCCUCACGUGUUGGGGCUGGCCCAUGGGAGUGCGAGUCCUGCGAGGUGGGGUCUUUUCUCACCCAGGUGGCCUCCCCAGGCCUGCUGUUCUGUCCAAGCAUCAGCUCCUCAGACCUACAGAGCUACAGACGCCAAAAUGCAUUGCACAGUGGCCACAGCUUGUGUGCCUGUAGGUGGUGAGAGAGGCAGGAGUGGACGGACUGACCCAAUACUUGGAAAUCGACGUCUGUACUCUGUUCUCUUAUAGGGACCAAGCUAAAUUACCGUUGGCUCGUGUAGUGAAAUUGAGCUGUCCAUCAGAGAUUGUAAUGCGUAUUUAACUUAUUUAGUGUAUUUCAUCCCAUGUGUUCCUACUGUCACCAGAGUACAGGCAGUGCCGCAGCCCGCACGUCCCUGUGCCACAGACCACAGUGAGGGACUGCUACGUGGGUGUGGUGGCUCCAUGUCCCUGGAGGUCUGAGGGAUGGGGAGGGCCUGAGUUUGAGACAGCUGCCAGGAAGCGUUCUGUUGCAGGUCUGUAGCCUUGUCCUGAGGACAGUCAGCUCUGUUAUCCGGUCUUCUAGACUGUUCUUCUCUCCCAUACCAGUCCCCCUUCCGGAACACAGGCCAGGUCUGACCUGCCCUUCUCAGGAUGAAUGAGUCAGGCUGCAGAGGACGAGGGCCAGGGAGGUCAGGGGGGAAAGCACCUCAGCAAAUCCAUCUGCUGGUGAUGAAGAAUCUUGACUGUGAAUUAAUUUCAUGCCGUAAAAGACUGAUCCAGUUCUGCUCAACUAAGUAGCAUCGUAAAGGAAGAGAUUAAAAUAAAGCCCCAAAUUAAGAGUC